UCUAGCAUCGUCAGAGGACGACCCGUAAUCUCCUUCGCUCAUGAUUUAGCCAUAGACUGUUAAUAUUAAUUAAUAAUAUACAGUCUAUGGAUUUAGCUAGCUAGAGACGGAUAUUGUUAAAAAAUACCGUGUUUUAUGUAAUUAUUAUAGAGAUAUAUUUCAUGUAGGAGCCGUCUUUGCGGUGUGGAUGCGUCGGAGACCAGCCGGAGGCAGAAGAGGGAGACGCCGUUUAACUGCGUGAACAACAUGGCUCUUCUUCAGCAUCCCCGGCUGCUGCUGCUCGCUUGUGUUGUCCUGUUGAGCGCUGUCCAACGUAUCUACACUCGGUCUUUGCCAAUAUCGGAUCUAAAAUCCAAAAUAUCAGGGGUGGAGGAGCUGUUGGAGGAAUUCCGCAAGCAGCUCCAGCAGGACCAGACGUACAGGACAGGCGAAGUGAUUGACUCCUGUGUGGGCGACUUUAACGCCGUCGGGGAGCGCAUCAUCCGAGCCAAGGCCUCCAUCGAGCAAGGGGCCACCUUCCUCCUAGCCCCGGACAGGGUGUACACCUUGAAGGACUGUCUGCACGCCUGCUGCUCCCAGCCUCACUGCACCGUGGCGGUGGUCCAGCAGGACCUGAGGCAACCCGGGGACAGUCUCAGCUGCUACCUGUUCAACUGCACCUACAGGAAUAAAAAUGUAUGCUCCUUUGCACCGCAACAGGGCUUCACUACAUACAGCCGGACUCCCAACACAACGCAGGGACACCUCCCUGUAACAUCCAGCGGUUCAGCCGGGAGGCCCGGGGAAGGACAUCCGGAUGAGGUGGAUACACAAGAUGUGGAUGAGCCUCCUCGCAGUGAUGCUGGACAGGAUGUGGUGAUCCAGCUGCCCACAGAUUGGGCUGUCCUGGAUGGACGGGACAGUGUGGACGACCAUGGCAUAAACCACUAUGAAUGGACUCUCGUCAAGGGGGACACAGCCAUCAAUAUGAAGGCGUCUCAUCCAGGGCUGCUGAAGCUCAGCGGUCUGCAGGAGGGAGUCUACUCCUUCCAAAUGACUGUCACUGACACAUCGGGCCAGAAAAGCUCUGACAACGUCUCUGUCACUGUGCUGGCCCCAAAGCACCAAGCAGAAGUGUGUACAGGCCUCUGUUCAAAGUACCAGUUCAAGUGUGAUGACGGCUGCUGUAUUGACAUCACCUACGCUUGUGAUGGGAAGCAACACUGUCCUGACCGCUCUGAUGAAGACUUCUGCCCAAUCUUUGAGAGCAACAGGAAGUCAGUGACCCACUCUGCCGAUCAUCGGCCUGUAGCCCAGACAGAUGAGGCAGAGGAUGGCUCCAUGCCCCAGACUGGGCCCAGAAAGACCAUAGAGAACAUCAUAACACCUCAGGACAGGAGCCAUGCCGCUCCUCCACAAAGUCCCACUCAACAGGAGGCUUCGGCCAGUCAAUAUCCAUGUGCUGCAGCUCCAGUUGUCGGACCCUGUAAAGGCACCUUCCCGCGCUGGUACUAUGACCAAAACGAAGGAGAAUGCAAACACUUCCUGUAUGGCGGUUGCCAGGGCAACCAUAACAACUUCCUCCAGGAAUCUGACUGUGUCAGUGAAUGCAUACAAAAAGGGCCAGCUUUCAAACCAGCAACUGUGGCUCCUCCAAUAACCAAACAGACUGAGAUAGUUGGCCCUAGAGUCUCCCAGAGCCAAUCAGAGAGCAACGUCCCUGUCUCCAAACCAUUUCCUGUAAUAGGAGGACAUCCAGGACCAGAGUCAGGUGCAAUUCUUCCUCUGGCUCUCGGCCUAAUCAUCACUGCACUGCUGCUGCUUAUGAUUGGCUGUCGUCUCAGACUUGUUCGACACAAGCUGAAGAAAGCUCGACCCCUCACCACGGAGGAGUCAGAUUACCUCAUCAACGGCAUGUACCUGUAGCCAAUCAGCCACAGGCAGCAGAAACAUGGGUGUUGUAACCAGAGCUUGAGCCAGGACUUUUUGAAUUGGCACUCUUGUUUCUUGCAGCCCAGUGUCUCUAAUUUGUCCUAACUUCAGGGUGGAAAUAUCCCAAAUCUCUUCUCUCAUGAACGUUUCUGAACAUCACCACACUGAACCCCUCUGACUGGUAAAUCUGCUGCUGAUAGAUGCCGCCUUCAAAGCCAUUGACACAUAUUCAGAUGCUUGUGAAUUCAUAUUUAUGUGGUUUAAGAAAAUCGGAAUGAAACCACGAUUAAAGAGUCGGCAUUGCUAGUUCGAUACUGACAUACAGCUGUUAACAUUCCCCCCCAGUGACUUCUGGGAUACAUACAGUACCAGACUCUUUUUUUUUUUUCCCUUAUUAAAAUGAAAUCUAUUUCUAAAACACAGGUUACUUUGAUGCCAAACAUUUUUAUUUCCACUUGUGAUGUAUUUUUCCUAAUUAGUGCUGCACAAAAAUAUGGUGUUUCUGCCACUGGGUGGCACUAAUGUGGCAUGUUUGUGCUGUACAUUUGAUUUAAGUUAACUUGCCUGAAGAGCAGAAAUGUAACACAUUGGAGUGCCUGUCAAAGCUGAUUAGCAAUCAGCAACAAAUUAUUCUUAGUUUCUCAGAAUCACAUAAAGCCAUAGCAAAUUCUAACUGUUAAAUUCUUUUGCUGUCUAAAUGUUGUUGCAUAUAUUUCUUUAUUGAGCAAACCUAUGUGGCGUAUCUACUAUAUUUGCACACAUGUAUUCCCUCAAAGUGCUGUCUUUAAUGUGAGAAAUUAAAGUUCAUUAU